AUGGUAAUGGAAGAGUUCUUGAACCAGUCCAGAAAGGAUUUCUUAGAGUUGUAUGUGGAUACUACCACCGCGGAGGAAGUUGUUAUACCAAUGAGGUCAGUUAGGUCUACUUCUCCUCUUAAUGCAUCCUCAUCUGCUGCUCUUGCUGUUAACAUGUCUGAGGAAGAUGAACAUGACCCUACUUGGGUUAUGGAUGAUGAGUAUGACGAAGAUGAUGAGGAAAAUAUUGCAAUGGAGGAUCGUCUUCUUGCAGAGGAUGCGAGUGCAUCGGACAAUGACGAAGAAUGUGGUAGGUCUGGUACUGAACUUCAACCAUGGCAUGAUUUGGGGGAGUCUCGUAUCGUUGUACAUCAUGACACAACAUCGAGUCAAGUACCAGAACAUCCUGAAGAGGCUCAGAUGGCAAUCAAGCGCUACAUCAUGAAGGAGCAUCAAGAAGCAAUUGUGGUUGAGAGCACUCCCACAAAAUUAAGCAUGAAAUGUUGUGCACACGUCCAAGGUUGCUCGUGGAGGAUCAGGGUAAUUAAACCAACGUAUGGUGAAAAUUGGAAGGUAACGAAAUGGGGUGGGAAUCACAAUUGCUUGAAUGACCAUCUUUCUCAAGAUCAUCGACAACUUGAUUCUGACGUUAUUGCAGCACUUGUAGUAGAGAUGAUAAAAAAGGAACCUUCAGUGGCCAUUGUGCUCGUUCAGGAGAGGAUAACUCAUUUAUAUGGAUUCAAAGUUUCAUAUAGAAAGGCAUGGUAUGCGAAGCAGAAAGCCAUGGCAAUGUUAUAUGGUGAUUGGGAGGAAUCCUAUGCAUUUUUACCCAGCUGGUGUGAAUAUAUGCUUCGUUUUUCACCAGGUUCCUUUUACAAUAUUCAAACAAAGGAUUGUUUUGUUGCGGGGCUGUUGGUUCCCGAAAAACGUGUAUUUGUUCGUUGUUUAUGGACUUUCAGACAAUGUUGUGAGACAUUUAAAUCUUGCAAACCAAUGAUACAAAUUGAUGGUACUCAUCUAUACGAAAAAUAUAAGGGAAAGUUGUUGAUUGCCACAGCUCAAGAUGGUAAUAAUGAAUGUGUGCCACUUGCAUUUGCCGUUGUUGAGGGUGAGACAUUGCAGGCUUGGUCAUACUUCCUUGCCAAUCUUCGUCAGCACGUCACACAAGCGCAUAAUAUAUGUCUAAUUUCAGACCGGCAUGUUAGCAUAUUAUCGGCUGUUGAAAAGAAUCCCCUAUGGCAGCCACCCCAUGCACUUCAUGUGUUUUGCCUGCGACAUGUUGCAAGCAAUUUUAAUCAACGAUUUAGAAAUGACAAAUUGAAGGCUAACUUGAUGAAUAUAGGAUAUACUCCUUGUAUGGUGGAUUUUGAGAGGUCGCUAGCACGAUUUUGUGACACAAGCAGGCAGGUAGCAGAAUGGAUUGAUGCCAUCCCUAAGGAAAAGUGGUCGCGUGCACAUGACCUUUAUAGACGAAGAUUUGGGCAUAUGACAACAAACUUGGCAGAAUCCAUAAACAGGGUGUUAAAGGGAGCAAGAAACAUGCCCAUUACUGAUAAUGAAUCCGUGGCAACAAUGCAUACUGUGCGUACAUAUAAUGUUGAUGAAACUGUUUUUGAGGUGGAUGCAGGGUUUGAAAGGACAUAUGUUGUCAACCUUACUGCUCGUACAUGCCAAUGUGGACAAUUUAAAGCAUUUAAAUAUCCUUGUAGUCACGCCGUUGCUGCAGCGUUAUCCAUUCGUCGGAAUUAUCGACAAUAUAUAGAUGAUGUUUUCAAGACGUCAAACUUGGUAAAGGCGUAUUCAUUUCCAUGGGAACCAAUCGGCAAUGAGCAAGCAAUUCCACCCAAUGCAGGUCCUGUGGUAAUACCGGAUAAAAAUAUGUUGCGGGCAAAAAGUCGUCCAAAGUCUACAAGAAUAUGGAACGAGAUGGAUGAGGUUGAAACUAUUACAUCACACAAGUUAUGUGGUCUUUGUAAGCAACACAGGCACAAUCGUAGGUCGUGUCCUAACCGUGGAAAUAAUGCAUGA